AUGAAGGAGAUGCAGAGAUCUGAUUUGGGUCUCGAGGAGCACAAGAUUCUUCAGGAAAACAUCCGACGCUGGAAUCAAAACCAUCUGAGUCUGUUCCAGAUCACUGAACCGGAUGAGGUCUCUGUGUUUCAUGGAGUUGUUCGUUUCUACCUCCAAGACCAUGUUUCAGGAAACCGCGCCACCAAAUGCAUUUGUAUCUCAAGCACUACUACCACACAAGAGAUCAUUGAAACCCUGCUGGAGAAGUUUCAGCAUGAUGGAAACCUGCAACUUUUCCCAUAUUCACUCUACGAGGUCCUAGAAAAUCAAGAGGAAAGACGAUUACACCUUUCGGAAAAGCCUUUAAUGCUUCAACUCAGCUGGAAUAAAGACGCCGAUGGCCGAUUUGUCUUGAGGAAUGAGAGUUGUGCAACUUUACAGAAUGGCUGUGUGGAAAAUAAGGAAAAAGUUGGAGUCAUCGAGAACUUCAAAAGGACUUUAUCAAGGAAAGACAAGAUUAAAAACAAACUGAAGAAAAAAGAUGCCUCUGAAAGUAAAGACCACAGCACUAAACAAGACGACUUCGAAGGGAAGUGGAAUCUCCCGCUCAGCAUUACUUUAAAGGAAAAAGAUGAGGACUCUUUCUUGCUCGCUGUGAUAAACGACAUUAACAGCUCCACCAUUCACUUCAAGCUCUCGCCAGCAUAUGUGUUUUACCUGCUCGGACGAUUCUUAACCAGCAAAACCGGCCAGAGAAAUAAAUCCCACCAGCAGACUGAGCAGAAAAUCUGCCUGAUGUUUGACAAGAUCGUGCGGAUGAUUCAGGAUGUCAUUCAGAAACAGAGGAAUAUUGCGGUGUCUCUUGCUUUCUGGAUGGCUAACGCGUCUGAGCUGCUGAACUUCCUCAGACGGGACGGAGAUCUGUGCUUCAUCACAGUGCCGACUCAAAACACCCUCGCUCAGCUUGUGCAGACGGCUUUCAGGUAUCUGUCACAUCGGCUUCAGGUUGAGCUUAAAAAUCACUUACCUGCAUUCUUUGCUGAUGGAAAAAAGGAAAGCGCUCAGGCAAAAGAAAUAGAAGGCGUCUUGAGCACUCUCAUAAGGAGCAUGAGUUUGUUAAGAAGAUGCCGGGUAAAUCCUGCUCUGAGCAUCCAGCUCUUCUCUCAGCUCUUUCACUUCAUUGGCUCCUGGAUCUUGAACCGGAUCACAGCUCCAGGAUCCAUGCUCUGCUCAAGCUACUGGGGGAAAACUCUACGGCGGCGUCUCGGACAUGUGGAGGCCUGGGCGGAAAGACAAGGCCUGGAGCUCGCCGUCGACUGCCAUCUCAGCCGCUUAAUCCAGGCAACGGUGCUUCUGACCAUGAGCUCUUAUUCUACACAAGACGCCCAGAUGAUUCAGUCCACAUGCUAUAAGCUGAACUCUAUACAGCUCAGAGCACUAAUGAGCAAAUACCACUACAGCCCCAAUCAAGCACACUUUACACCCGCGCUGAUUGAGUGUGUAGUUGCUUUGGCAAAGUCCACAGCAGAUGUCUUGAAGGCAGAGGGUGGAGAAAUCAGACUGGAAGAGGAACUGGAUCUUCACCUACCUUUCCUGUUGCCUGAGGAUGGAUAUUCCUGUGAUUUCAUGCGUGGCAUUCCUAAAGGAUUUCAGGAGUUUUUAGAGCCCAUCUGUCGCAAAGGUCUUUGUAAGUUAAUUCCUAACUCUAGCUGUGUUGGCACAUGGACAGUAUUCUUUCGGCCAUCGGAUUGUUCAACUUGGAAAUCUGAACCAGUGAAAAUAACUCUAAAGAAACCUUUGCACUGCGGAAUGGGAGUGAGCAUCGUAGCUGCCAAGGGUGCUGAACAGGAGAAGCUUGGGAUUUUUAUCAAAUCUGUUGUCCCAGGAGGAGCAGCAAAUGUGGAUGGCAAACUGAAUCCAGGAGAUCAGCUGCUCAGUGUGGAUGGCACAAGUCUAGUUGGAGUAUCACAAGAAAGGGCUGCAGAGAUAAUGAUGCAAACCGGAUCAGUUGUGACCCUGGAAGUUGUCAAAUCUGCAGCUGUGUAUUAUGGUUUUGAGGGAGUGUUUGUCCAACCAUCACCACACACAUAUGAAGAUCCUGAUAGCAGUGGAGCAUCCAAAGAGAAGAUCAGCGUCUUUGAUGUCCAUGACCGAGCUGAAACAUGUGUUUCAAGACCAUCAGAGACCACCAGAAUCCAGAACAGCAGAGUAAACCCGAAACAAAACCAGAAGCUGCUUAAGAAGAAGCUGGAGUAUCGCUCAAAUCCCAACCUGACAUAUAAUCAGGAAAUGCCUGUUGAUUCAGCUCCCACUGAAAAGAGGAUGUUAUCUUUCUCCACUGACAACCUGAUGGAUUCUGGGAAACCUUCAAACGCUCCUUUAAACACAGAUAUUUAUCAGAGAGAAUAUCUGACCCUGCCGUCCUCCAAACUGCACAGCAAUAAAGCCCCCAGAACCACGGAACAGCCUCUGCAUAUUGCUGCAUUCUCCAGGGAUCAGCAAAAGAUCAACUUCAUGAAACAGGCGCGUUCUCAUGAUGACCUGUGGAGUGCAGAGAAAGGACGUCCUCUAGUGGACAAACCGAAGUACUUGAAGAAACAGCCAGAAGUGAGCAAAUGGAUCAGUCUUGCAACUAUCAGUCCAAUGAACUCCAAUUUCUCCAGUAUGGGACACCGAAAUGAGCUCUGGAAGAUCCCGACAGCUGCCCAGUCUGUUGCUCUGUCACAGCCGAAGCGACUGGACGUCCCAUAUUCACCACAAGCUAACAAACCUUCAUUCAGCACCUUCCGCCAGCCUGCAGACAGCAGAAUUACAUCUCAAACACAGCAUCUGUAUCAAUGCAUCAGUGCUUCAGCAUCUCAGAGCAAGAGUCAGCAGGUACUCAAGAAAAAAGCAGUCGCCUUCCAGCCAUCCGUGAAGAAUACCACACCGUGUUUAAGUGUUAAUAAUCCUGAGCAGAAAUUAAAGCUGCUGACCUCAGAGCUGCUGGAACAGGAAGUGCAGCAUCUACAGGCUAAAGUGCAGCUCAGUCUGGAGGAAAGCGAGCGUCUGCACAGACUCUCUCUAGAGCUGCAGUUUCAGAGGAGAAUCCAGGACUUCCAGCAGAACACUGAUGAAGAUGAAGAUGAGGAGAUGAGUGCUGAAGCAAAACUCAAGGGCUUUCAGACAGGAAGUAAUGCUGUGCGUAACUGUGAGAAGACAGAACAACCCUCUGUCCAGCAAAAUGAAAGUUUUUCUGAAGAGGACAGGCUGAAAGAUGGAGGAGCUACAGGAAACCACAAAAGGUUCACAUCUGAUGACGUAAAUCACAACAGUUUUCAAACUCGACGGGCCCCAGAAAACCUGACGUUUAAGGAGCGUCAGCGGCUGUUUUCUUUUCCAGUGGUCACUUCAGGAAACGUCAAAGUGUUGUAAGGAAAUUAAAUGAAAUUGCAAAUCAACUAGAUUUGUUUAUCGGGAAGCUACCUGUCCAUCAAUUUCAUUUAGAGGAAUGGUCUCAAACUCAAUUCCUGGAGGGCAGUAGCUCUACUUAGUUUACCUCCAACCACCUCUGACUCACACCUGCUUAAUAGUCUCUAAUAGUCUUGAACACCUUGAUUAUUUGGAUCAGCUGUGUUUGAUUAGGGUCGGAACAAAACUGUGCAGAGCUGCGGCCCUCCGGGAAUCCAGUUUGAGACCAAUGAUUUAGAGACUGUAAAUAAUUCUUGAUUUGUUUUCAUGCAUGUAGUAAAAUUGUAUAGACAUUAAAGGGAGCCUGUUAUGCUUUUUUUUACAAGAUGUAAAAUAAGUCUCUGCUGUCCCUAGAGUGUGUAUGUGAAGUUUCAGCUCAAAAUACCCCACAGAUAAUGUUUUAUAACUCUUUGAAAGCCCUUUAGUUCUCAAACUGGAUUCCUGGAGGGUCGCGGCUGUGCACAGUUUUGCUCCAACCCUAAUCAAACACAGCUGAUCCAACUAAUCGAGGUGUUCAAGACUACUAAGCGGAUGUGAGUUGGAGGUGGUUAGAGCUAAACUAUGCAGAGCUGCGGCCCUCCAUGAAUCGAGUUUGAGACCAGUGGCUUUUCUGCUUUGGUCCUAAUUGUGCCGCUUCGACUGUCGCUUUAAAUUCAAAUGAGAUUGUGCUCUUUUUUCAGAAGAGGGCGGAGCUACAAAUGCCUAUGUGUCAGCAUAGUGGCAGAUGCAAAAGCAAGUCUAAAGUCCUAUGCUAAUGAGGGAUAGAUUGUCAUAAUGGGCGGGGCUUUCCCUCGCUGAUGACACGUACGAAGGGAGAAUGUCAAAGUGUUUCUGUUUUUAUCAAGUGUGAUUAUAAAAAAUAGAUUUAAUACAUUUUUACUAUUAGAAGCUGGCUAUAUUCACACACUGCCGCCAUGCAACUGUGUUUAAACUCCUUAUAAAAGUGAUUUUGCUAAUGAUUAUGCUAAUAGGUGCCCUUUAAAUGUUUCAUCCAAAUACGGUGUCAUAGGAAUAUCCAAUAGAAAUGUGUUAAUAAUAGAAAUAGCAGUGAUUUUAAUCCACGUAAAGCCUUCAGAUUUGUAAAAACAAAUGCGUGCAUUGGAAAUAAAUAAGUCUUUAU